AUGCCGCGCCGUCCCGGAUCUGGACGAAAGAGAACCCCUGUCGCAUGUUUGUUCAAAGACACUGUACCAAAAGGGAAAACAGCACAAGUAAUGUGCACAUUUUGUUCAAAAGAACUGUCUAAGAGUGAAAAAAAAAAUAUAAAAAAUAAACCUAUGGAGAUAAACGCAGAGGCAGAGGCCAAUAUUACGUCUGCCAGUGCCAGUACAUUUUCCAGUGUUCUAUCCUGUUCCUCUGCACCACGAUCGACAUCAACCCACAGCAAUAAACAACAAAUUUUAUCAUUUGUCGAUAAAAUUACAAGUGAUCAAUUGAAGGCGAAUGAGCUCCUGGCUAGAGAAAUUUCUGCCAGUGGUGCACCUUUGGCUAUGGAGGAAAAUUCUCACUGGCUAAACUACUUUAAAUUCAUACGACCAUCAUUGAAAAUACCAUCUCGAUAUGAAAUAUCUGAGCCCUUACUCCAGCGGGAAUAUAAUAAUGUUCAUGCUUCUGUAGAAGAACAAAUUGCGGCUGCUGAUUCCGUUGCUUUAAUGUGUGAUGGCUGGUGUAACAUACGCAACGAGUCGAUCAAUUACUUUGUAGUAACAACACCGGCUCCAUUACUCUACAAAAGCCUGCCAACAGGAAAGGAAUCUUACACAGCAGAGAACAUAGCCAAAGAAAUCGAUACAGUUAUAUUAAGAGAUUGGCAUGCAAAAAGUUUUUGGACUGCUGCAAUUCAAUUUAUUGAAAGUGAUAAACCACGAAUUUCAAAGGUGGUUGGAAUUUUCAAGAAACUUGAAGAACAUUUCAAAGAAGUUUUGCCAACGAGUCCUAUACUCAAAAAGGAAGAACAAGAUGUAGCAAAAAUAAUCGCAGACAGAAAGCAAUUCGCCGUGUGUGAUGUUCACAAGAUCUGCAAUUUGCUAGUUCCAUCUAUAAGAGGUUCUGACCUCACUCCAACUGAACAGACUGAUGCAAUUGAACACAUUUUCGAGGCUGCAAAAAGAAUUCCGGCUACGAGUCUGUACCUUUACGGCAAUCAGGAAAAGCAUGAGCAGCUACAAGAAGAAGCGCUGAAAUAUAUACAACAAAAUUGGACUGAGCUGCAACAGUAUAUCUUUACCAAUGAUGAUAGUUUGAAGGAUCUAAAUAGGUACAUGAAUUAUAUGAAGAAAACUAGUACAUAUGCAACAAGUUUGGAAGCACUCGGCUUGUCAGAAACUAAAAAUGUCUUCUAUGUCUACCACAAGCAACAAAAAGUAACAUCGAUUAAAUUAACUAUCAAAAUGAUAUCAACAAUAAUAAACAAAAAAGAACACAGGAACAGCAUUCAUCUCUUGUUGGCAGGUAGGCAAGACGCGGGACACUUCGAGCUUCUUACGCCUCAAGAAGCUCAAAAUAGGUUUGGAGAAAAAUCGCUGCCGGAAGGUCGUCGAGGCGUGUCCGAAUCCGACGCUGGACACGACAUGGACAUUACGAGGUCCGUCGGUUAUAGUCGCGGUUCGUUGUCAUCCAACAAAACAUCGCGCAAAAUCCGGACGUGA